CUUCCCACCAGUAGAUGGUGUACAGUGUUAACAUUGCUCGUAAGAUGCUGCUCAUGUUCCAGACGUCAAACCAAUUGUUUUCCAAAUGGCGGCCUUCAUGUCAAGUGAAGGAAAAGAACGGAUUAUAUUCGCACAAUUAGAAGCACUUAAGGAAAUAAGACAGAAGACGCUGAGUUUGGAGCGCCUCAAACAACGCUUGCUACAAGAGGUGAAGGCUGCUGAAAAUGAAGAGAAAAAUUUAGGCGAAUUUCGCCAAGAAAUGGAGCUUUUACUCCAAGAAAAAAUGGCACACGUGGAAGAACUUCGGCAGAUCCAUGCAGAUAUUAAUGCGAUGGAGUCAGUGAUCAAACAGGCAGAAGAUGCCCGUAAUAAAGCAGUGGAGGUGGCCCGGCAUUUGUAUAAUGAGUAUCGCCCAAUGAAAGCUGAAGUAGAUAGGACUCGCCGUGAGUGUUUGGGAUUAGACACUCUUCCAGAUUUGCAGGAAGAAGAUGGGAAUCACAUUCCUCCAGGGUUCUUUGAAAAACCAAAGCUUGAGUGGAUGCCAGAGAGGGAAGAUUCAACUCCAUCUGCUUUGGCCAGUCUAACCAUGACUGCUGCUGGGGUGGGAUCUGGAGGGCAUCAGAGUGUAGGUAGUGGUUUUCUGCCUCCACCUCCUCCCCAAGCUCCACUUGUAAUGGGGAACAGCAAUAGAGGAGAAGCGCGAAAUCUGGCUCCUCCGCCAGGAUCAGCCGGACCAUCGCCAGCCUUUCGUCAGCAACCGCCGCCAAUGAAGUCGUGCAUGUCCUGUCAUCAGCAAAUUCAUCGCAAUGCUCCCAUUUGCCCAUUGUGUAAGGCAAAGUCACGCUCACGUAAUCCUAAAAAACCAAAGAAGAAAGAGUGAAGCAUAGUAAUUUAUAAUGACCGAAAAAUCGUGUCGAUAAGCUUUCACGGAUUCUUUUUUUAAUGCUGUCGACAUGCUCCACUUCCUAGAAGAUUUGGAUUCUUCGCCGUCAUUUCUUUCUUCCUGCCCUCUUUGAAUCUCGUAUUGUUCGACGUUGUGCCAAGCUGAUCCUCCAUUUCGGUCAGUUAAUCGUCCCGCAUCUUUUCUGUAACUUUUCAAACAAACAUACCACUGUCGAUUUAGAUCCGAGUUCGUCAUGAUAUUCUUUUACAGGUUGUAAACAGAAUCAUUUUCUUUGACUGUGAUGCAUUCCAACGGCAACAGUAUUCAAUAGUCUAGGUUUAUCCGAGCUUCACAACUAAUACAGACUUCACCAAAAUCA